AUGCUCUCCCGCUUUCGAAAUGGCAACACAUUAUAUCCCAUGAUGCAUGUGUCGUAUUUAUGUGAAAAGAUCAAAGACGUACUAGGCCGCUCAGAGAAUGGCGCCUAUUCUUCCCUCGAUCCCGCGGCUCCCAUGGCUGUGCGAGAUAUCCCACCGGUACUCUCUGUUCCUCUCGCUGAUUCUGUGCUGGAAAGUAGCUCAGAAUCAGAUGGAAUGGAGGAUGAGGUGGCUGACGAUGAUGAUGAUGACCACGGCAGUGAGGAGCAUGAAACGAGUCCACAGCAAGGCAGUCAGACACUGCCUGACCUUCCUGACGAAGCCCUGGCUUGGUCUGAUGGCGCCGAGCGAAACUAUGCACCAAAAGCACCAGAUUCGAAUUCAGAAACAUGUAUUCCAUUGGAAGGCGGCUCAGUCCUGUGUCAUAUCAUGGUCGGCAGUUUGCGGUUUUUAUGCCCCAUGUCCCAUGACUUGGACCCAUUGAUCUCUUUUGCCUUCUUGCAUAAGGCGGCGGACGUACUGCAAGAUUAUUUAGUGGGCUCUAAGGAUCCUGCUCUUUUGACAGAAGAUCUUAUUCGUCAACACUUUGACAUCGUGUAUCAGCUCAUGGAGGAAAUGCUCGAUGGAGAAGGCAACGUCCUUCUGACAGAGAUUAAUGCUCUCAAAGACAUCGUGGUACCACCCCGCUGGCUUGAUAAAAUUGCUAACAAAGUCGGCUUGAACUCUUCGCCGGAGCAUGCACGCAUGUCUCUAGCAUCUCCUGUCCCAUGGCGCAGGACUAACAGCAGAUAUUCAAAAAAUGAAGUCUACCUAGAUAUGAUCGAGUCUAUCGAAGGUGUCAUUGAUGCAAAUGGAUGUCCAGUUGCUCUAGACGUCUGGGGCAAGCUCACUUGCUCAGCAUGGCUCUCUGGCAUGCCAGAAUUGCUUGUGUCACUAAAUCACCCAUCGCUUCUAGAGCUCCCGGCCUGGCAUCAGUGCAUCCGCCAGCAAACCUGGGAAAAGCAGCAAAAACUUUGCUUCGUGCCCCCCGACGGCGAGUGCGUGUUGAGCGAGUUCCGCAUUCGAGUGCCAUCGAAAUCAACCUCCUCAUCUUGCACGCUAAAGCGACCCAUUUCGUCCGACUCGUCCGCGUCUGAGUUCAACUCUAAUUCCUUACCCAUGAAAGUCUAUGCAUACUAUUCGCCUUAUAAUGCAGCGCACGGCGGCCUUCCAUUUAAUAUCACCGUUGACCAUGCUCUUGAUCCCGCAUACGACUUGCAAGAUGUGUGUAUUGACUGGCUUCUUGGCGAUGGUGUGCAAGGUGUCGAUGCCAUUACUCAGGUGAACACUGUUGCAACGAAAACAUCUAUGUCAUCAGACAUAGGCUCCAUUCCGAACCUGUCUCGUACGGCAGGUAACAUGGUUUUUGACCGGAAGCAGCAACAUCUUCGGUGGGUGAUUCCCAAGAUCUCACCAUGUACUCAGUCUGUUUUGAAAGGCACCAUCCUCUCGACAUCCGCUUGCCGUCCUAUGUAUGCCCUUGAUGUCCAAUUCUCCGUCUUUGGAUACACAAUGUCUGGGCUACGUGUGAGCUCUAUACAGAUUCAACCUGAGUCUUACGUGCCAACCAAAGGUGCGAGAGUUUGUCAUUCCGGACGACUCGAAUGGAGAUUGGCAUCCUAA